GCAAUGGAAAAGAUGAACAAUGUUACAGAAUUCGUCCUGCUGGGUCUCACCCAGAAUCCACAGCUUCAGAAACUCCUCUUUGUGGUGUUUUCCAUUACCUACUUGAUGACAUUGGUAGGUAACACUUUCAUCACAGUCAUCAUCUUCAUCAGCCCAGCCCUGGGUUCUCCCAUGUACUUCUUCCUAUCUUACUUGUCUAUUAUAGACGGUUUUUACUCUUCUUCCAUAGUACCCAGAAUGAUUUUUGACUUGAUCUCUGAAAAGAGCACUAUAUCCUUCAAUGGAUGCAUGACUCAGCUCUUUGCUGAACAUUUCUUCGCUGCAGCUGAGAUCAUCUUGUUAGUGGUCAUGGCCUAUGACCGCUAUGUAGCCAUCUGCAAGCCCUUGCACUACAUGAGCAUCAUGAGCCGACCUCUGUGUAGUUUCUUCGUGGUGGCGGCUGGCGUCUUGGGAUUUAUCCACGGAGGGAUCCAGAUUGUGUUUAUGGCGCAGUUACCAUUCUGUGGCCCCAACAUCAUCGACCAUUUCAUGUGUGACUUAAUCCCGCUCCUGGAGCUGGCCUGCACGGACACUCACACGGUAGGACCCCUGAUUGCUGCCAACAGUGGGUCGCUGUGCCUGCUGACGUUUUCUGCACUGGCAGCUUCCUACAUCAUCAUUUUACGUUCUCUGAAGGCUUACAGCUCCGAGAGGCGUCACAAAGCACUGUCCACCUGUGCUUCGCAUAUUACUGUUGUCGUCUUAUUCUUUGUGCCUUGUUCAUACCUGUACCUGAGACCCGCGACCUCUUUCCCCGCCGACAAAGCCGUGACAGUGUUUUGCACCUUAGUAACACCCAUGCUGAAUCCUCUAAUCUACACCCUCAGAAAUGAGGAGGUGAAAAAUGUUAUAAAGAAAUUCUGGGGCAGAAGAGUGAGAAGUGAUAAGAGAUAA